AAGAGAAGUCAUCCUGCGCGCUGUGGCCGUUUCUUCACUCCAGCAAUAACAAGAAUGUGUUUACGGAAGUCUGGAUUUGUUGUGUUGGUUCUUGUUACCACAUCGUGGGGUCAGCAGUUCAACUCUUCUCCAAUCCAAUCAUUGGCCCAGCACCAGGUUACUUCCUCCCAAAAUGCCAAAAGAAGUGGAAAUCAGAAACAAGAAUCCCAAAUUGUACCAACAGAACAAAACCAGCUUUCAUCUCGAGAAAUGAUUCCAUUUGGCUCUGUUCAAACAUUUCAACACAGCAGAGAGAACAAUGGAGAUGUUCAACAAAGGUACAAGCAGCCAGUGCAAUUCAAGAUACGUAAUGGAACAGUUUCUCGUACUACUAUAAGAAAUGCUGUUAAUGACCCAGUUCCUGCUACUUUGGGACAUCAAAGGGCUGAUGAACAACAUACUGUGCAACAAACCCAAAACUUUCAGAAAAUUUCAAUUCAGAGACCAGCACUUAAGCCAUCAAAUCAGACUUCUCCAACAGUAUCUUUCCAAACAUCUCAGGUGGGUCUACAGUCUCUGUCUUCCCCCUCUGCUCAACAGGAAGUGCCACUCUAUAUACAGCCAUUCUCUCUUGCGCAUCAGCAAGCAGUUCAAAAUACAAAUCAGGGAACUAUUCUAACAAAAUCUACCUCAGUGCCACAAACAGCCAAACAAGCAAAGGAGCUUCAGAGUAAUGAACUCAAUAGGCAUGUUCAGCAGCCAGUUUCACCACUCCAUCAACCUCACUUACCUCAAAGAACUACUUUUGUACAUACCUUCCCAACUCAACGAUCAUCCACCCAGAUCCAGCCACUUCAACAGCAGCAAAUUCCUGGAAAUAGGUUUCCCUCUCAAACUCAGAAUGUUCAGCAUGAAACAGUUCAUGGCAUUAAAGCACCUCAGUUACAGCAGCAACAAAAACCUCAGAAGAAAGUUGUGCAGAAUCAACAGAGAGUAGGUCAAACUGCUCUCAGUUCACAGGAGGAACUUUUUCAGAAACAGGCUAGAAAUGCAAAAUAUUCCUUCAAUUCUGCAAUAAAUGAUAACAUCAUGGACAACACUCAGAUUCGUCAAGAGGAGCGCAAUGGUCUUGAGCUAUUUGGUUACUAUUCAUACAGUGAUGGAUUCUACAAACGCACUGUCCACUACAAAGCUGAUGAGCAUGGCUACCGUGUAACAAAGGAAGAAAUUGAACCUAUUGGGAAUGGCCCACAGGUUAACUUAGAGGGUGAUGCUGUGGUGAACACAAACAUUGCAGGUGUUAAUAACAAGUAUUCCAUCACUACAGCUGACAUUCAUUAACUACAGGAUCAUAAAGAAAAUACAGAACUUUAAUUACUCUUCUAAAGAUCGUGGUUUUCAUAUCACAGGUCAGACUAUUAUGAAUGAAUGUAUUCAGAAAUGAUGUGUGUAGUUUUUGGAAAGUGUUUCAUGAAAUUGAUGGCACAAAAAUGAAUGACAUUGUAGCAAGUCAGACUUCAUGUUAAAUCCACAAAGGUACGGAUAAUCGUAAGUGAAAAUAUAAACAAACUGGAUUUUAAGUAUUUCCUGGAAACCAUAGUAAAUAACAUUCUCUGUACACAGUUAAAUCAAUAAAAAUUCUGAAACCAAACUGUUUGGAUGAAAUAAUAAUGCACUACAUAAGCGCUUCUACUUUUGA